ACACCGGACACACACCCUCCCAGGGCGCGCGGUCUGACGCCAUGUUGAACACGUGACCAGCCACAGGUGAAACCACCUCACCCACCCCGUGUGCCCGGUACUGCUAGAGUACAUGCGGUGCGUGUAUACUGCUAUCUGGGGUCUAAAAGUGUAACGGGUGGUGUGGUCAGUGGACCGGUGUAUAUAAGGGUAGGGACACGACAGUAGCACAGACAAGUCUUAGCUCUAGCAGCUUGUGAUACACGGGUGUCUGGUGCUCUGUGCUACACCCGCAUCCAACUGAGUGCAGGUAGUAAACAACGACUUCCAAUCACAAAGUGUCAGUGUGUUGUUAGAUGUCCAAGAUCCUAUCUGAGACCUGCUAAGAUGACGUCACUGAACACUGGACGGAGCGCACACAGAGAGGUCAAAGGUGAAGAAACCACGAAGACACCAGCAAAGACCAGACAGGACAGCGCUGACGUCUUCAUCGAGAUUCCGGAAACUUCGCCAGACAGAAAGACAGACAAGACGCAGCAGAACGGCUCGAAGUUGCAGAUUCCUCACAACGGUUCCACCUGUCAACGGACACAAGGAGGACGUCGUUAUAGUCGCUGAUGACGAAGAUGGAAAGAGCGGAUGCUGCGGCAGAAAGAAGAAAGAAACUCAAAAGACGGUUGGGGCUUUAGAACUGUUCCGAUUUGCAGGGCCUUUGGAGAUUGUUAUGAUGGUUGUUGGUAUGUUUGGAUCGGUGGUUGCUGGCUGUGGACUUCCUUUGAACAUGAUUGUCUUUGGCGACGUUGUUGACAUGUUUGUCGACAGCAGCAAGAUAGCCAACGCCACCAAUCGGACGUACGCUGACGUCCUGAUGGAGAAGAUGUCCCCAAACACCAUGUAUUUUCUGGUUAUCGCCGCUGUCGUCUUCGUCACCAGCACGAUGGCCGUGAGCUUGUGGACGAUAGCCGGCGAGCGGCAGAUUGUCCACAUCCGGAAACGCUUCUUCAGGUCCAUCAUGCGCCAGGACAUCGGGUGGUUUGACACCCACGAGGCCAGCGAACUCAACUCACGCUUUUCUGCAGAUAUACAGAAUAUCAGUGAAGGACUUUGCGACAAGGUGGCUGUCUUCGUGCAGUGGAUGUCCACGUGGCUUGUGUCCUACAUCGUCGCCUUCGUCCAGGGCUGGAAGCUCACUCUUGUUGUCAUCGGCUUCAGCCCCUUUGUCAUCUUUGCAAGCUCUUUAAUGAUGAGACUGGUGCGCAGUGCGUCCAUCCGGGAACUGCAGGCGUACGCCAAGUCAGGGGCCAUCGCCGAGCAGGCCCUGAGGGCCAUCCGCACCGUGCAGGCCUUCCAGGGACAAGAGAAGGAACAGAAGCGCUACGAAGACAACUUGAUAUUCGCCGUCAAGGCGGGGUCAAGAAAAGGCAUCUUCCUCGGUAUCGGCAUGUCCACCUUUUGGUUCAUAAUAUUCAUGGCAUUUGCUGUGUCCUUCUGGUAUGGCGUGCACCUUAUUCAGACUGAGGGGUUUAGUCCCGGAAAUAUUCUGCCUGUCUUUUUCGGGGUUCUCAUCGGCGCCAUGUCUCUUGGCAACGCUCUGCCCAACUUGGAAAACUUUUCCGAUGCCCGCGCAGCCGCCGCGAAGGUGUUUGAGAUCAUCGACCUUUCGCCUCAUAUUGACGUCAGUUCCGACAAGGGAGAGAAGAUCAUGAGCCUCAAGGGGGUCAUCGAGUUCAAGAAUAUCCACUUUCGUUAUCCGGCCAGACCGGACAUACCAGUGUUGAAUGGCCUUGACCUUAGAGUGGACCCAGGUCAGACUGUGGCAUUGGUAGGAGCCAGCGGAUGCGGAAAGAGUACGACCAUUCAACUCUUACAGAGAUUUUAUGACCCUGAAAAGGGGCAGGUCACAGUGGAUGGACACGACAUCAAGACCUUGAAUCUGAAAUGGCUACGAGACCAGAUCGGCGUGGUCAGUCAGGAGCCCGUGCUCUUCGCUGCCACCAUCGCCGAAAACAUCAGGUACGGCAAGCGUGACGUCACCCAGGCCGCCAUCGAAGCUGCCGCCAAAGAGGCCAACGCCCAUGGCUUCAUUUCACAGCUUCCUGAGGGUUACGACACGCUGGUGGGAGAGAGGGGGGCGCAGCUGAGUGGGGGGCAGAAGCAGCGCAUCGCCAUUGCACGCGCCCUCGUGCGUAACCCGCGCAUCCUGCUGCUGGACGAGGCCACGUCAGCGUUGGACCACGAGAGCGAGGCCGCAGUGCAGAGCGCACUGGAGAAGGCUGGACAGGGGAGGACCACGAUCGUUAUCGCUCAUCGCCUGUCCACCAUCAGGAACGCGGACAAAAUUGUCUCCAUCAGUGCUGGCUGCAAGGAGGAGGAAGGCAACCACCACAGUCUCAUCGCCAAAGGUGGACUGUACGCUCAGCUGAUCAACCUGCAGACCACAGCAGAAAAGGAAACAAAAACAGAUGUCGACGACCUGGACAUUGUAGAAGAUGAUGAUGGCGAUUCUUUGCUGGAAGAAGACUUGGUGUCGCACAAAGUGGGUUUGAGACGAUUUUCCACUGUCUCCGGCCUCUCCCGCACUCUCAGCAUUCGCUUGAGCAAACGCAGCAUCAGGAGAAGGAGUGGGGAGGACGAGGACAAGAACAAGACAAUGACAGAGGAGGAGAGUAAACAAACUCUGAAGAGAAUAAUCCUGCUCAGUCUUCCGGAAUGGCUGUCAAUUGUUGUUGGUUCCUUAUGUUCCAUGGUAGCUGGCGUAGCCCAACCUGCGUUCUCCUUAAUUCUCACAGAAUACAUCAGAAUUUUCGGCUACACAGACAGAGACGAGCAGUCCCACCAAGCCAUGGUUCUGGGAGUGAGUGUCAUUUGUGUCGGCAUCGGCAUAGGGAUUCUUCGACUUGCGCAGAACUGGUGCCUGUCAUCGUCAGGGUCAAAGUUGACGGCUCGUCUGCGUACUAUGACAUUCAAGGCACUGAUGCGACAGGAUAUGAGUUUCUUUGACGACCCGAAAAACCAGGUCAGCGCCCUGACCACAAAGCUCUCUCCUGAUGCGGCCUUAGUGCAAGGGGCGACUGGGUCAAAGGUCGGCCAGAUACUGGAAGCCGCAGCCACAAUCAUCUCAGCUCUAAUAAUCGCCUUCGUGUUCGGAUGGAAGCUGACGCUGGUUGUACUGGCCUUCUUGCCAAUCAUCAUUGUUGCAGGAAUAAUUCAAGGAAAAGUUAUCGCAGGCUCGUCCAAAUCAGAGAAAUCUCAAUUACAAGAAGCUGGCAAAAUUUGUUCGGAAGCGGUGGACAAUAUUCGCACAGUGGCCUCACUAAACAGGGCAGACAUCUUCAUUGAGCGGCUGGAGUCCCUCGUCGACGUCACAAAAAGGACGGUUGUGAAGGCGGCGAUGACGUACGGCGUGUCCUACGGCAUCUCCAACAGCAUCAUCUUCUGCGCCUACGCCGCGGCCUUCACCUACGGCACGAAGCUGGUGGGCGACGGCGAGAUGGAGUUCUACGCCGUCUUCAGAGUGUUCUCAGCUAUAGUGUUCGGAGGUGCGUCUGUCGGCCGUCAAAGUUCAUUUGGUUUCGACUACACAAAGGCCAAGCUAGCCGCAGGCAGACUGUUCACCAUCAUCGACCGCCAGCCAAAGAUCGACAUCGACAAGUCGGGUGGCCUACACCUGAACAAGUACAGCGGGAAGGUGGCAGUGGCCAACGCCACCUUCUUCUACCCUACGCGCCCCACAGUUCGGGUGCUGGGUGGCCUGGACCUGGCUGUGGAAGGGGGUCAGACCCUGGCACUAGUCGGGGGAAGUGGCUGUGGCAAGUCUACGGUCAUCCAGCUGUUACUAAGGUUCUACGAUUCAGAAUCUGGAGCUCUGUUACUGGACGGCGAGGACACCCGCAACCUUGACCUCCGGUGGCUGCGGCAGCAGAUCGGCCUGGUGUCGCAGGAGCCAGUUCUGAUGGACGGCAGCAUAGCCAGCAACAUCGCCUACGGCGACAACACGCGGGAAGUGUCUAUGGCCGAGAUCAUCGCUGCGGCCAAGAACGCCAACAUCCACAGCUUCAUCGAGAGUCUUCCGAAGGGUUACGACACUAAUGUAGGCGACAAAGGGACACAACUAAGUGGUGGGCAGAAGCAGCGAAUCGCGAUCGCACGCGCACUCGUGCGUAACCCACGUGUCCUGCUGCUGGACGAGGCGACCUCUGCCCUGGACACCGAGAGCGAGCGGGUGGUGCAAGAAGCCCUCGAUAAGGCACGCGAGGGCCGCACAUGCAUCGUCAUCGCCCAUCGACUGUCCACCAUCCAGAAUGCCGACAAAAUCGCGGUGAUAGGUGAAGGCCGGGUGGUAGAGAUUGGCACCCACAGCCAGCUUCUGGCCACGAAGGGUGCGUAUUACAACCUGCUGCAGCUGCAGGGCAAGGGCAAAGCCGAGUGACCACGUGACAAGAACAAGAUGGUGUCUGUCAGCUUCCAGGGGACAAUAAAUUCACAACCAAUGACGUGAACAAGGUAGCCGCCAGCCAAGAACACUGUGUCGGAGCAUGGUGUUGGCAAGAUGUAGUUUUAAUCCCGAUCACUUUGGUAAUAACUACAGUUUACCUAUAAACCGGAGCUGAGGACUGCGUUGUGUUUAUCUGACAAUCAUCAAGCAGAAACACUCUGCCCACAGGCGAGAACUUGAAACUGAAAGUUUUGCUGUAUAAUUCUGAACUCGUUUUAUUGUUUGGGUAUUCCUGACAUUGUGUCCUCCUACUUGUACCCGCCGCUACGUACAGCAAGUGAACUUUCAGUGUGCACUUAAUGUGUCCACAGCGGAGAACGGACGAAAACUGUCGGACAGCACAUAGUUGGUCAGAUGCGUGCGUACAUGAGCAGCGCGUGUGCUUACUUGUGUGUGUGAGAGAGUGAGCCAGUGUGGGCGUGACUAGAGGACCAGAGAAAGUGACUUAUUUUCACAUGCAUUUAUUUUCUACUGACUGGCCCACUUUUAACGAUAGAAAAACACGCCUUGAAAUCUACAACACUCGCUUGCGACGGACUGGUCUUAACUUUGUCUGUGAAGAAUAUAUAUAUAUGUAUAUUAUUUACAAUCGAAAAGUUCUAGUUUAUCGUGACUACGAAUUCUAUGAAUUUCAUGUGACUAUGAAUUUUGGUCGCGAAUUUCAUCGUCCUAGACUGGCACAACACACCUCCAAUCUCAUCGCCUCCGUCAUCACCUGCUCGCCGCACAAGAAACCAGCUAGGUGGCGCUGGCGGUGGUGACCCAUAGAGGAACGCGUGUCCAGCAGAGAACACGACGGCAUACGUUUCUCGCUGUUACUUUCGGACUUUUUGUUGUGUUUUUUUAAUCUAACGCCCGCUGUGUCCAAGAUGAUGUCGACGUUGUGACAAAAGAACAAUACUCAUGAACGGAGAAAAAAAAAUUCAAACGAUGGUGUACCUCAUUCCUAUUUAAUAGACAAAUCUGUAUCAUUAAUGGAUGCAAGAGCAAGUCUAAGCUGAACUGUCUAUAUACGUGUGCAUUUAUUAGAUGACAGAAGUUGACAUGCAAUCACGAUGUUCAAUAUAUACAUAAAGACAUUAUGUUUGAUAUGUACAUAACCAAAAUGUGUGGUUGAAAGUGCGUGUGCAUAUUGUCUAAGUUGAGUAAACAGCUUUGUAUAUUU